AUGUCACGCAUCGAUAAAGGUUUCCAAGUGGGUCUUUCAUGGGUGCAUGACCAUGAUGGGCACGUACCACACAACGCAAUCGAAGCUGGUGACGGUAUCUAUAUUGGUCGUGUAAUGCACGAGGGCGAUAUGAUACCAGCUAAAGUUGUGAGCCGGCUAAACAAAGCCUAUGUGCCUUAUGGUGGUCGCGAGCAUGAAUACCACUCAUAUGAAGUUCUGUGUGACACCAAAGCGCCAGAUACAUCGAAGUGCUAUCACUGGGAGCGUGCGUAUAAUGGAAAUGUUCCUAAAUAUGCCAUCAUAGCUGGUCUUUCUGAAUCCGGUGAAUGUUUGUACAUUGCACGCUCGGAAAUCGAAGGCGAGUGUGUGGUUGGGAAGGUUCACCAGGGACAUGAUUCCGCAUAUUUCCCCUAUGGUGGUCGCGAGCACAGGAAAAACAGCUACGAAGUGUUGGUCAUGAAGAAGUAG